AUGUCUAUGAAAGCUAUCGUCAAGUCCGUCAUUUCUGGCGAUUCUCUUGUUCUACGUGGACGCCCCGGCCCACAAGGUCAACCACCUAAGGAACGCAUAUUGCAUCUCGCCGAUAUCACUGCCCCGCGUCUCGGGACUCAGUCUCGUGAGGACGAGCCGUGGGCUUUCGAGUCGCGUGAAUUCCUUCGCUCGCUAUGCGUCGGCAAGGAAGUCUCCUUCACAUCAAUACACUCGCUUCCACCUGGCACAGACGACAUUCCGCGUGACCUUGGGAAUGCCACGCUCGCUCCACCUGCGCCCCAAAAUGGCCAGGCGCCCGGAGCUCCUAUAGAUAUCGCUACAGAAUUGCUCAAGUCUGGUUGGGCGAAGACGAAGGAGAGCAAACGCGAGCCGACAGAGGAAGACGACAAAAGGAAAGCCUUCGAGGAAGAUGCUCGGGCUGGCGGGCGUGGGAUUUGGAAUCCACAAGGACCGAAGACGAGAGAAGUGCAUUAUAAUAUGCCGCAGGAUUCUCAGGCAUUCCUACAGGAGUGGAAAGGGAAAUCAAUAGACGCAAUCGUUGAGUCGGUCCGGGAUGGAUCCACAGUGCGCUUACGGUUAUUGAUGCCUGAUGGCGACCAUCAAUUUGUGAAUGUCGCGCUUGCUGGAGUACGCUGUCCGCGGGUCUCUGGUAAGCAAGGCGAAGCGUCCGAGCAGUGGGGCGACGAGGCGAGGUUCUUUACCGAAUCACGAUUAUUGCAAAGACCCGUUCGCGUACAAUUGCUAUCCCUGCCCGCCCCAACUGCAACACCAUUCCAAUCUACUGCUAAUGGUACCCCGCCUCCAUCUGCUAGCAUAUUCAUCGGGAACGUCCUUCAUCCUGCUGGAAAUGUUGCUGAACAUCUUGUCGCCAACGGCCUUGCACGAGUCGUAGACUGGCACGCAGGGAUGCUCGCCGCGGGUGGUGGCAUGGAACGACUCCGAGCAGCCGAAAGGUCGGCGAAGGAGAAGCGUUCAUGUCUAUAUGCGUCUACUCCUGUUGCAUCCGGCGCUGGCGCACGUAUAAAUGGUGCAGCAAGCACGAGCAGUUCUGUUCGCGAUUUCGAUGCACUUGUAGUGCGCGUAUGGAGUGGUGACCAGGUAUCGGUUGUACCAAAGGAGGGUGGAAAGGAGCGCAGAUUACAGCUCAGUUCCACACGUGCGCCAAAGGCCACUGAUCCGAAGCAGGCUUUCUAUGCGGCGGAAGCUCGAGAAUUCUUGCGUAAAAAACUCAUCGGCAAAACUGUCAAAGUACACAUCGAUUUUAUUAGGCCGAAAGAGGGUGAAUUUGAAGAACGAGAAUGCGUAACGAUUCGGUAUGGUGGAACUCAGGCGAACGUCGCCGAGCAGCUUAUUGAAAAGGGUCUUGCGACUGCAGUACGUCAUAGACGUGAUGAUGAGGACCGAUCUUCCGAUUACGACAAGCUCAUGGCUGCGGAACAAGCGUGCGCCGCAUUCUCUUGCCUUUUCUGCUUUGAUUUUUACGAGCUUAACAUGCUUAGUGCCGCCGAGGAGGGACGAGGGCUGCACUCUGGGAAGGAGCAGGCUCCGCCUAAAGCGCCCAUGAAUGUAUCCGAGUCGUCUGUUCGAGCAAAUUCUCACCUUUCGGGCUACAAACGCUUAGGACGCAUGCCAGCUGUUGUGGACUACGUUGCAUCCGGAUCGCGUUUCAAAAUAUUACUUCCGAAAGACAAUCAGUCUAUUACUCUCGUUCUUGGCGGAAUACGUGCACCGCGAACGGCACGCAACGCUAACGAGAAGGGCGAGCCGUUCGGAGCAGAGGCUGCUGAGUUCGCAACACGUCGAUACAUGCAGCGCGAUGUUGAGAUUGAGAUUGAUACAGUCGAUAAAAGUGGAGGAUUCAUCGGCGCGCUGUAUCUCAACAAGACUGAAAACGCUGCAAUUACCCUGAUUCGCGAAGGCUUAGCGAGUGUCCAUGGUUUCUCUGCCGAUACCUUGCCUUGGGCUAAGCAACUCUACGAUGCAGAGGAGGAAGCCAAACAAAAUAAAAGUGGUCUGUGGAAAGAUUACGAUGCAGAUGCCGAGGCUGCUGCUCAGGAGGAGGCAAGCAAAUCCGAAUAUGUGCAAGCUCUGAAGACGGAAUAUCUGGACAUCAUUAUUAGUGACGUUCGCACGAAUAACGGAUUAACGUUCUCAAUACAAGUCCUCAAUACAGAAGGUAUUGCGGCACUAGAGAAACUCAUGCAGGAUUUCUCGUUACAUCAUCGAGCUGCACAAGGUCCCGCCAACUUCAUUCCAAAAGGCGGUGACCUCGUCUCGGCAAAAUUCUCUGACGGAUCAUGGUAUCGUGCAAAAGUCAGACGGUCAUCGCCGGUGAAGAAAGAGGCAGAAGUGACAUUUAUUGAUUACGGGAACCAAAGCAAUGUGCCGUUCAAGGAUGUCCGUCCGUUAGAUCCAAAAUUCCGCUCGUUGCCCGGUCAAGCGCAAGAUGCUCGUCUUAGCUUCGUAAAACUUGUAGACCCAAAUAGCGAGUACUAUCAAGAAGCAGUGGACCGUUUCCGAAGUUUAUGCGAGGGUCGCAAGUUAAUAGCAAACGUUGACUUCAGAGAAGGUACCCUCUUACACCUUCGUCUUAUCGACCCGAGCGAUCCGAACGCGGCGAACGAUUCGACUGCCUGCAUAAAUGCUGACCUCGUACGUGAAGGCCUUGCUUCGGUUGACCGGAAGGGGUGUAAAUACCUUCCGGCGUAUCCGUCAGUUCUGAAGAGACUGCAUGAUGCCGUUGCGGGAGCAAAGAAAGACCGGCUAGGGAUGUUCGAGUUCGGAGACGUUGAGGAAGACGAUGAUGCGUGAACGUCGGGAAUGGUGAAAUUGGUGGUAUGGAUUAAUUGCGUCGUUUGAGUCAGAUUUUGCUGGUGAUGUUACUUGCUGGACUGGUACUUGCUUAACAAUGAUACAGCGUCG